AUGUCUGCUGCGCCCAUCCUAUCAGCCCCAACGUUCGAGCAUCACCCGACGGGCGUUGGACUUGGUCAUUCACGUCCCCGCCUGUCAUGGCGCUUUCUCCCUAGCAGUGACGGACAAUAUCCCAAGGAUUGGCAACAGGCUUCGUAUGAGCUCGAGAUAACACCCCUGGGCGGUACACCUGAGGUCUUUCCCGUCAAAUGCGCCGAGUCCGUCCUGGUACCCUGGCCCGGCAAGACGCUUCAAUCUCGCGAGAUGGCGAGCGUCUGUGUACGGGCCUGUUCAACGACCGGAACAUACACAGAUUGGUCCCCGUUUAGCCAAGUGGAAGUUGGCCUGCUACAGCCCACCGAUUGGACGGCGCAGUUUAUCGGCGCGGCAAAGAGAUUCCAGGCUACUGGCGAGCCAUUGCGCCCGAUUCGGCUGCAGAGGGGGUUUGAUCUGGCAAAGAAACUAGGGGUUUCAGUCAAGGCAAGGCUCUACAUCACUGUGCUCGGUGUCUACGAGGCACGUCUGAACGGAGUGCGUGUUGGCCAGGACGUCCUUGCGCCCGGCUGGACGAGCUACCACCAUCGCCUUGUCUACCAGGCCUACGAUGUCACGCAGGUUUUGCUAGUCGGCAACAAUGUCCUGAGCGUUGAAGUGGCCGAGGGCUGGUACGCCGGUCGAUUGGGCUUUGGCGGAGGGAGGAGGUAUAUCUACGGGGAUGAACUCGGGCUUCUGGCCCAGCUGGAGGUGACAUUCGAAGGCAACGAGACCUGGAGGCUCUCUUCGGAUACCUCGUGGCUCUGUCAGACGACAUCGAUCGUCCAAAGUGAAUUGUACGACGGUGAGACGCACGAUUUUAGGACUAAUGACAGGGAGUGGGCUCCGGUCAAGACACUGAAUCCCAAUGUGCCCCUAAACGCACUCACGGCGACCGAUGCCCCGCCCAUCCGCAUCACGGAAGAGAUGAUGCCGACCCAGGUUCUUCGAAGCGCAUCUGGAAAGAUCAUCUUGGACUUUGGCCAGAACCUGGUCGGAGGCCUGCGCAUCAACACCCGGCUCCAUCUCCCUGUCGGCUCGCAGCUGACCUUGAUGUACGCCGAGGUUCUCGAAAACGGCGAAAUGGCCACUCGCCCAAUGCGACGCGCCAAGUGCACGGAUAAAAUCUUCUUCGGAGACAAAGCGGUUACCUCGUGGCAGACCAAGUUUACCUUUCAUGGCUUUCGCUACGUGCAGGUUGAUGGAUGGUCUGGCAUUCCUACGGUCCACGAUUUCACUGCUCUGGUCAUGCACACCGAUAUGAGGCGACGAGGCUGGUUCAGCUGCUCUGACUUACUGGUCAACAAGCUCCACGAAAGCAUCGUCUGGUCCAUGAGGGGCAACUUUGUUGGCAUUCCUACCGACUGUCCCCAGCGCGAUGAACGGUUGGGUUGGACCGGUGACAUCCAGGUGUUUGCCCCCGUGGCCAUGUUCCUCUACGACUCUGUGGGCAUGCUUUCAGGCUGGCUCGAAGAUCUCUCUGCGGACCAGCUCUCAACCAAGCACGGAAUCCCGGGGCUUGUCGUGCCAGAGAUGCUCUGGGACCACUGGUGCAAGCCAUCCCCGCAGGCCGUGUGGCACGACGCUGCUGUGCUUACGCCAUGGGAUGCGUAUGUUGCCUCGAGCGACGUAGAGAUUCUCCGUCGACAGUACCCAAGCAUGAAAGCCUGGAUGACCACAGGUAUCCGCCGCGGCGAAGACGGGCUGUGGGAUAGCAAUGUCUGGCAGCUGGGGGACUGGCUAGACCCCAAUGCACCACCAGAGGAUGCAGGAAACGGCCGGACAAAUAGUCUUCUUGUCGCUGACGCAUACCUCGUCCAUGUGACCAGAACAAUGGCGCAGAUCUCCUCUAUCCUUGGCUACCAGGAGGACGCUGCCUUCUACCAGAACGAUGCGCAGAUGCUUAAACGCCGUUUUCGGGACGAAUAUCUUACUCCAGCUGGCCUCCUAGCCAGCGAUACGCAGACUGCUUAUUCUCUUGCAGUCUGCCUGGACCUCAUUUCCGACGAUGCAAAGGAUGAUUCCUCGAAUACGGCAGUCCAGAAGGUCGCCUCUGCUCGACUCGGAGACCUUGUUCGCACAUCGAAGUUCCGCAUCAGCACUGGCUUUGUUGGUACCGCGUUGAUAUGCCACGCGUUGACAAAGAGCAACCAGACGCAACUCGCCUACCGCAUGCUACUAGAGAAGCAUUGCCCUUCCUGGCUAUAUCCAAUCACAAUGGGCGCGACGACAACCUGGGAGCGCUGGGAUAGCAUGUUGCCAGACGGGCGAGUAAACGAAGGCGCCAUGACAAGUUUCAAUCACUACGCUCUCGGCGCAGUGGCCAGCUGGCUCCACGGCAGUAUCGCCGGAAUUAGCACGCUGGAUGGCUGGAAGACGGUGCAGGUGACUCCUAACCCCGGUGGCUCACUUACGUCUGCAGAAGCAGCCUUUGAGGGUCCAUAUGGUCUUGUCAAGUGUGCGUGGGUACUUCGGGAGAAUGAGUUCGUCCUCGAUCUUACGAUUCCUCCCAACUCCAAGGCUAAUUUGCGUCUCCCGGACGAUACAAAAAUCGAUCUGGGUUCUGGCAGCCAUAAACUUUCCUGUCAAUUCACGCCAGAAACCUGGCCACCGGACCUUGUGCAGGAGAGUUGGAUUCCUCAGCUUGAAGGAAUGAGUGAUCCUUGGAUCUCCCCUUGCUGGAACUGGGCAUUCGGUCUAGAGCUCCUAAGGCGAGGCGCAAUUUCAGUAUCAUUAUCUCAAGCUCUAUUCCAUAGUUCAUGCCGAUUUUUCCGCGGAGUAACUGCCCAAUGUGGCACGGUCUGGACCACCGGCGAGGAAGAAGGAUCAGAAGUUCGCAUGACUCUCGCAUGA